AUGCCGGGAGUGGUGCGGCCUAUUCGGAUUAACUCCAUUCACACACACCUGAGCAGAGUGUGCCUGAAAGACUGCACACCACAGGAAUGUGAGGAAGAAGCUUCCAGAGCCAUUGCUUCACAGAAGCUGUUUUCUAAUGAAGGUAGAGUCUGGAACUUCUCAGAGCUCCAGGAGUACUGCAAGGAUGAAGAAUCUUGCAUUAAACUCUGCACUCGCCUUCAAACACGUGGAUUUAUCAUCACGAACAGUCCCCAAGCGUUUUCGACAGUUGUGCCAACAGCGAGGUCUGAUAAGAAGGAAAUUCUUGCCGUGGCCAAGAAGGAUAUUGAAUAUUUCCACACAAGACUUUCAGGCGGUGAUUGCAUCCCCACAUAUGCAAUGACUACCUUCAGACAGUACUGCGAGGCCAUCCUGAUUUUACAACAUGGACUGACAGGAAAUGCUGUUCAAGAACUUUGUGUAGAGGACUGGAUGGCGCGGAAAGCAGUAGCUGAUGGUGUUGAGCUGAGUUCCACAGCAUUCAGUGGUAACUUGAGGAUAACCAGCCAGGAAGAACAAUUGUUGGACUGCUAUUUUAGGAACAUCCGUCCAGUGUCCUUGCAAAAUCAAAUAGCUGGCAGCGAUGACAGGGGCAAUUUCUUCCUAGGAGAAUGUGGGGUCCCACUGUCCAACCCAUCAUUAGAUGUAAAAUGCCUGAGAGCGAGGUGA